AUGGAUGAAACUCAACUCCCAGGAGCUUCAGGCUCCAGCCCUGAUCUGGCAGAUUGCCAGGCGUCACAUGACUAUCAAUGGCCACGACUCCGAUUACUUCUACAACAGGGCCUUGAAGUCGAGGAUCAAGAUACGGAGGUGCUACACGUCGACGUCAUUGAAGAAGCUAUCAGAGAAGCGAGACGAAACAUCGGUUCUCAUCCACUUCAUAAUGGUUUUUCGAGUGAUCUAGCAUUCUGUCUUGCUCAUCGGUACGAGAAUUUCGGCUUAUUGGAUGAUCUUGAAGAGACAGAAAGAUUAUUUAGACAAGUUCUUGACAGCGAGCCCGACAAAACACAGAAGGAGCCAUGCCGCUUGAGACUUGCCCGAGUUUACUGUACCGCAGCCGAAAAGACAAACACCCUCGCCUAUGCCGAAGAAGCAAUCCAACUACUAAAUUCGGCCAUCAAAGAGAAUUCCUUAAUCCCCGGAUUCCAAAGCUCUCAUCACUUCAUCUUCGUUCACACAACGGACCUGGGCCAUCUUGAGGAGACAAUCCAUUGGAUGAAGCAGGCGGUUGAAACAGCCAAUGAAGCAGUCCCACUCAUGAACAGGAUCCUUUUGCUGCAUCUUGCUGAUUACUAUCAUUAUACUGGAGGCCUCCUAUCUGUACUUGAAGAUCUAAUCUUCUCGACGAGAUAUGCGGUUAGUCUAGCGCCAGAAAAUAGCCAAGAGCGAUUUUGCCGUCUUUUCGAGCUUGCGGAUUAUCUACAUGAUUUGUACGAGAAGACAGGGGUAGCGGAUACCUUGACAGAAGUAGCACAAGUCCAUGGGGAAGCUGCUGAGCUGGCAAAUCAACUGCUUGCCUCCACACCUCGUUCGGAUAUAGAUCAUACCGAUAUGCUUCUAGAACUUGGGCGUGCUAUGUAUCGAUGGUAUACCAAAACCAAUUCUGCCCCGAGGCUUGCUGAAGCUAUUCGCUUGGUUAGACAGACAAUUGACUCAGCGCCUCUCAGCUCUCCCCGUAUGGUCGAGCAGCUGAACCUAUAUGCCAAAUACCUUACCAACUGGUCUGAUGAAAUAGGGUCACUGAGCAAACUGAGGGAAGGUAUUGAGGUGGUGCGAAGGUUGUUUGAUCUUCUGCCCGGCCGAUGUUUAGAGGAUGAUGAUUAUGAUGUAGUGAGCAAUCUCAUGCUUCAUUUCGACAAGUUCUUUCUUCUCACGGGAGAGAUGAAAUACCUAGACCAGGCAAUCGCUUUUGGGAGACGAGUAGUCAAUGACGUACCAAAGGAUAAUCCGGAUACAGGUGACGUUUUAUACAAUCUUGCACAAUUACUGGUUUCGAGAUUUGAACAGACAGGACUCUUACAGGACCUCAAAGAGCUUAUAAAGCUGGCGAAGUACUUGGUCAGCAUAACACCCGAUGGUCAUCCUGAUCAAGCGUCGCGACAACGGUUCUAUGCUUCCAAACUUGUUGAUCUAUGCAAGAGAGAGUUCACGAAGUCUGGUGUUGAUGAGGCGAUCAAGGAGGCCAGGCUUGCGGCAGAUCUAUAUAUGAACCAGGGCAAGGACGCAACCCAUGCCCUGAUUACUCUUGUCCGCGGAUUGGCUAUGUCUUUCCGCUUCUCUGGAAAUAGGGAAGCCCUCGAGGAAGGCAUCAAAACACUGAAACACGGAGUGACUCAGGCGACCAACAAAGAAAAUCAGGCCUAUGCUUACAGCCAGCUCUCCGGUUUGCUCUACGAAAAAUACCGAGACUCCCAAGCGCUGGAAGAGCUCAACGAUGCCAUAACUACGAUGAGAAGAGCAAUAAAUCUAUCCUCCGGGGGCCAAAAUCAUCAGCUCCGCAAUUCACUAUACUCGGCUAGACUGGCGAUGUAUCUCCUGGAGAAAGGACAACGUACUCAUACGAGAGCGGACUUGAAAGAAAUCAAACAAAUUCUUCUCGAUUCGAGUACCGAUGGCCGCAGACCGCAGUUUAACGACAUUGUCACAAAUAUCACACUUUUGCUUCGUACACACCAGCUUGAUCGAGACUGGCAGGGUGUGUUCGAUGUUUCAAGUAGAAUGGUUGAUCUGAUUCCCACCAUGAUACCGAAUUCGCUUGAUAACUCAGACAAACAGUGGGUGCUGCAAUUUAUGCGAGGAGUGGCUUCGAUUGCGGCAUCAUCAGCUUUGAUACUGAGGAAACCAGCUUUUGUGGCGCUUGACCUGCUUGAACGGGGUCGUGGGGCACUCGGUUCGUCUCUGGAAGAUCUAAGGAGGACGGAUAUCACACUCUUGCAGCAGUCACAUCCAGAGCUGAUGCAGCGAUUCCUUCAUCUAAAGAAUCAACUAACCAUGGACCCCAACACUGUAGCUCUCAAUGUUCAACCAGAGGACUCAUCCGCCGCGGGCUCCACGCUUUCGGAUUUUGGGGGUCAUACUCUUCUUGACCAGCGUCACUCUGCGGGUACUCAGCUUCAUCGUGUGAUUGAAGAGAUAAACACGCUUCCCGGGUUUGAGAGAUUCUACAACACACUAAGCGAAAAAGAUGUCCGCGAUGCUGCCUGUGACGGCCCCCUGGUUGUUAUUAACGACGGUGUUGUAUGCUUCGAGGCCAUCAUUGUCGAGCAGCAUCAAAUACGGGCACUGCCGCUGCAGCACGUUCUCCAUGAUGAAGUAGCCCAAAUACUCAAUGGAGGAAACCUGUGGAGGCCUUUCGUUCUCGAAUGGCUCUGGGAUUGUGUCAUGAGCCCAAUUCUUGAGGCUCUGGGAUGUUCCCAUCCGGUUGUCGAUGAUACCUGGCUACAUGUUUGGUGGAUUCCAGUUGGCAUCAUUUCGAAGUUUCCUCUGCAUGCAGCGGGUUACCACCACAGAGCGGACUCUGAUCAGACAGUGCUCAGUCGAGUCAUAUCCUCAUACAGUUCAUCUAUCAAGUCGAUUGUAUAUGGUCGUCGCCGCCCUCGCCAACCCCGGACGCAAUCAAUUCCAGAUAGGGCUGUCCUUGUCGCUAUGGAGCAUACGCCGGGGCAUGCGCAUCUCCCAUAUGCGACUGCAGAGAUAAGCGAGCUGAACAAAAUCUGCAAAUUCAUGCGGUACAAUGUCAUUGAUAGCUCAACGGUGAAAACAAAGAGCAGUCUGCUCGAAAACAUUCAAGGAUGUACCAUUUUCCACUUUGCCGGGCACGCUUAUACAGACCAAAAGAACCCUUCUGAAAGCUGCCUCUGUCUGAAACAAGACCGGAUCAAGGUUGCUGACCUCCUGGAGCUGGAUUUAUACUCGCGUGCUCCUUUUCUGGCUUAUUUGUCAGCCUGCGGGACGCUUCGGUCGGAUGCGGAUGAUUUGGUAGACGAAAACAUUCAUCUGGUUAGCUCAUGCCAGCUCGCAGGAUUCCGGCAUGUUGUUGGGACACUUUGGGAAGUCAAUGAUGCUAUUUGUGUCGACGUAGCCAGGAUUAUGUACGAGAAGAUGAGUGAGGGGGAAAUGAGUGACUUAUCGGUGGCUCGAGGGCUUCAUCACGCAUCUCGAUCGCUUCGAGAUCAGUGGGUUGAGAGAGUAUCAGAUAAUGAAAAUCGGGCAGCUAUGAAACGUAGUGCUGCAAGCAGUAAUACAUCGAGCAUAGAAGCCGCUGAAGGUACAAUUGGCUUCGAGAAGUUGUUCAUUGGGUCAGAAGAAGAUGCGAGAGAUUCUAGAGAUGCUCUUUUGGUAGAGGAAGCUGACGCAGUCAUCCCACUCUGGGCUCCCUGGGUUCACUACGGGGUUUGA